AUGGCGAAGCGCUUCAGAUCCUUCUUGUCGUCUGCUGGGCGUAACUGGGCAGGGCCGACUCGCCACGUUGUUAGAGGUCCGACGACUGCUCCGACUUGGAAACGACUUGGAAACGACAAGGCGGCGACCAAGACCGACAACCGCCGCACUCCAUGUCAAAGAUCAUUUCGACUCGAACCGCUGCCCCUAGCAUGUGUUGGCCUCAGGCGGAGCGGGAGGCUCAGCGCUGCCUGUGGCGCUGGGUUCCAGGUUGCAUACGGAAAGGGGUUUCCAUAUGCGACACGACUUCGUGACUCGCAAAGAAAUAUUCACUCGGGCAAUCACGACUGCGCAGGCAUGCACGCGCACUGCGCUGAGACCUCCCGUUGGGCACUGCCAUGCUUUUUCCAUAUGUUUCGGCACCUAAGGCACCACAAGGCAACGGGCAACAAGCAACGAGUGUCUCGCACGUUCACCAUCAUGGUGUCAGAGCGCGGCCUCCGAGAGUACCGCGAGCUCAACAAAUAUAACAUUGGGCUCGCCACAGACACUACCCAGUCGGCGUUUAAGCAACACUCUGAUAACAUUUCAGCGACACACAGCGCUACGUGUGAGAAUGAUUUAUUUACACCCUUUUAUAUUCCAGACGGUAACCAAGGCAAACCAAUUCUGCUGCAAGCACCUUUUCAAAAUACAAUUGUAUACGAAACAAGCUUGUCGAAACAGCAGCCACAUGUUGCGACGCUUGACACUGGUAUAUUUCCUUCCCCAGUCUACACGUCUACUCCAAUCCUCUCUCAAGUACAUUUUUCUCGGUCUUUCGCACUCCAUCAUUGAACAACUCCGGUCAGACCCGCGAAGCGCUUGCGCCUCUACCCGGGCGCAUCCGAAGAAACUCAUGUCGGAACAAUGCUGUCAUACUGGCAUAACAAGCAAAUUUCCUAAUACUCUCAGAUCCUUGAUGCUUACCGUCAAUACCACUACCCUCACUCUUUCCAACACGUCUUCGUUGAGCUGGAAUAUUGAUAACACGAAUUUCGCCAUACUUUCGGCGCCGCAGUUGUCGUACGCGCGUCGCAGUAUUUGCAAGUAGUAAAGGGUUGUUGAGGGGACCCGAGACAUCUCCGACCAACAAAACAAUGAUACACAGAGACGACAACAACAAACUAUGCAAAAUCGUGUUGUCAAGACUUUGCUCCGAGGAAGAGUCAAGCUGCCAUGGCUUGCUUAGGUAAACGCGUGGCUGCCAUGUGGCCACGCAAUCGUAACGUUCAUUUUUUCUUCUCGAUCUUCUCGAUUUGUC